AAUCCAGUUGUAUCGAGUUCUAGCUGGUCAGAAAUAGAUGUGCUGAUUCUGACUGGAACAAUUGGCCAUGUUUUGAGUUUGGGGGCAAGCAGUUUUGUAGAAGAGGAACAUCAAACCUGGUAUUUUCUUAUCAAUACGCUUUGUUUGGUGCUGUGUCAGGAACUUUGUAGAAAUAAUUUUCUUCUGAAGGAAUGUGACCCUCAACAUAGCACCAGUGUGAAACAAAAUUUUGAUAGUAUCAGGGAAACCCCUGAGUGCAAGAACAUAGACAUGCCAGAAGGAGAUAAUUCAAAAUUGGGCAAGGCCACCUCUUCUUCUGAAUUCAUAAAAGGAUCAGAUAAGUGGAUAAGCUUAGCAACUCCAUGGAUCAUCCUUAUUUGCUGUCGUCUACUUCGAUCCUUGAACCAGACAGGUGUCCAGUGGGCUCAUCGGCCAGACUUUGGCCAUUGGUUAACAAGCUCUGAACAUAAAUCUGAACUCUCCUUCUUGGCUGCACUCUCCCUACUUAUGAUCUUCUUUCUGGUUCAAAGAAGAUGCUCCCUGGUUUCAAAAAUUGCUAUGGCACUUGGACUCCUGGGAGUCUACAGUUACCGGGCAGCUAUUGGAAACGUCAUAUUUCCAUGGCAACAUGGUGGCAAAGAUAUUUCAAAGGGGAUUACUGAAGCUCGUUUUGUUUAUGUCUUUGUUCUUGGCAUAGUCUUCACUGGCACUAAAGAUUUACUAAAGUCACAGGUUAUUUCUGCAGACUCCUGCACGAAGAGCACAGGAUUAUGGGAAAUAUAUAGUGGAUUGGUUCUACUAGCAGCCCUUCUAUUUAGACCUCACAAUUUACCAGUCUUGGUGUUUUGUCUGCUGAUUCAGACAAUGAUGACAAAAUAUAUUUGGAGACCUUUGCAAUUUGAUGCAGCACAGAUUACUAUCAUGCACUACUGGUUUGGCCAAGCUUUCUUCUAUUUUCAGGUAAGCUGA